CUUCGAGCACUUGCUGCCCGGGAGCAUAUCAGCGUAAACUAUAUUCCUUUAAGAUACCAACGUGAAAACAAAAUUGUAGGACAUACAAAAGAAAACUUGAAGCACCUACAAGCUCUCUCUGUUUAGACAUCAACUUGGCCAAGCAAAUGAUCAACAGUAGCAUGCAGAUUUUCGAUGAUUCUUCCUGAUUCCGACGAUUUUUCUCUUUCUUCUAGUUUUUCAGCCCGCCGUUUCGAUAUAGUCAUUUGCAUCUUGUGUGUGUGAGCCCAUACUCUGUCCUUCCAUUAGAGCGAACGCCUCUGUGAACAUUGUUGGGUGCGCGUUGCGUAAUACGAUGCGAUUCUUCGCUGAUAACUACAAUCCAUAGAAACAAGCUGCAGUAAAUCUUUUCAAUGUAACGUUCUUUUUCGAAUUACGUUUCUCUACCCAUGACGGUGACGUUGGCCUUGCCUAGGCGCAUUACCUUUCAUCGGCCGGCGGGUUACAAGCACUGGGCACGUCGGCGCUGUUGUUCUCAUUGUAACAGUGAACACCUGAGCUGCUGCUGCUGCUGCUGCUGUUGUUGUUCCGGUUCGUUCGAUUGCAUAAUAAAUAGGCUUGAUUUAGGUUUUCGAUAUGUAAGGUGAUGUCACGCAAAGGCAAGGGUCAUAGUAAUUUUGUUUUUUUUUUUAAAAAGUGCGUAUUGUUAUGUGUCCAUCGUGUUUUCAUUAAUGGUUGUAGCAGUGGACGUUGUGAACUCGUGCUCUCAUUUUGUCAAGUGGUAGAUUUUGUGACCUCUCACGCGCAAAAGCUUUCCACUCUCGUAAUCAGGACCAUGAACCCACUGCGAGUAAUUACAGCUGGUGUCGUGGGUCGUCGCCGUCCUCGUUGCUGCUGCUGCUGCUGCUGCUGCAACGCUCGACUCUGUCCGAAAGAAACUUUCACGGUGGCAAGCGGUGAACCAGCGGCAAAUGUAUAACGGCUUGCGGCGAUCUCGUCAGAGAGCGGUCUUGCUCUGCCUGGACGUCAGCUCUGAACGACGAAAUACGAACAAUGCUGAGAGCUAAGAAGGGCCAGUGUUUGGCCAAGUUGUGACAACCUCGCUGGUCCAUAACGUUCGCCUUUCUCUCGAAUUGUAAGCUAACUUUAGACAACUGGGUAUAUAGUGCAAUAGAGACUAUUAGUCAUACUACAGUCCAUUCACUAGCGCUCACUGAGCCUCAGAGUUUUAGUGUGGCUUGUCUGCAGUUGUUUUGGGUGUAACACUGCCAAAGGCAAUAUGUCGUGUGUCAGCUUUAUUGAACCGUUCUGGAACGAACAGCUAUCAACUAUACACCAGCGGAUAGUGUUAUGGUGCAAGAAAUCGCAGUUACCCCCCAUGAAAACCGCAAGAGACUCGCUGCAAUAACGCAAGCUGAACUCAUAAAUUGAUCGAGCGGUGCUUUUUAUCGGUCCUCGAUGCGUGCCUCGUGCGUUGCCAAUCAGAGAUGAUUAACGCUAAAAAUUGCGUCAGAGAGGUAUCGUGUCGACUAUUCAUUCUUCCGAAAUCUUCCAUCAUUCAACACGUGUUUUCGCACUACAGGUAGAAAUAGUGCUACAUGCCUAAGACUGCCACUAGCCAAAAGAGCGACAUACGUUUCCGAUGCGGAAAUUUUGAACGAAUUAAUUUUGACAAAAUUAGACCAGGAGACGUUGUUUGAGUAAAUGUACUAUCGAAUACUACGGCUGACAAAUCGAAACCGGCAUAGUUCAACAAAUUCACUAGUUAUUUUGACUACAAAAAAACGAGACAGUUCGGAGUGAAAUAGGUGAACAUGGAUGACUUUUUGGAGAAACGCGGCCGAUGGCAUUGGGCUGUUCUGGCACUGAACGCGUACGCUGCUGUACCGCAUGCGUGGUUCGUGAUGGCUCCGUCAUUUAUGGCCCCUACAAAACAAAAUUAUACCUGUUUCAUGAUGAAUAGCUCAAAUCUGUCAUACAGUGAAGCGGCGGCAAUAGAAAGUGGCCUGGACAAUCGAUGUUACUUGAACGUAACGGGUGUAGUGGAGAAAUGCACGGAUUGGCAAUUCGAUACCCACGAAUUCAAAAGAACCCUACAGAUGGACUACCAUACCGUAUGCGACGAUGACCUUAUGAAUUCAGUACACCGCAGUGUUCUAAUGGCUGGCUUGAUGGUGGGCAACUUCGUGUUUUCGCAUCUCUCGGAUUGGUUCGGACGACGCCUGCUCAUAUUCGUCUGUGUUUUCUUUCAAGUUGCAUUUAACCUCGCGCUUAUCGCAUCACCCAACUUCAACUGGAUCCUGGCUCUCACCUUUUUGGCAGCGUGUGGCUACGGAGGCAUGCAGAAUAUACCGUUCGCAAUGACCAUGGAAUCCGUAGGGCCUUCUCAACGCGCCUUUGUUACAACAUGCGAAGAAUUCGGCUGGAUCAUCGGGAUAUCAAUCUUUCCGCUCUUCACCUACAUGCUAACUGACUGGCGAUAUCUGCAAAUAUCCCUUGUUGGACCGGUGUUAAUUAUCUUAGCCCUUUGCAUAUGGUGUGAUGAAUCCCCGCGUUGGUUAGUCGCUAAUGGCCAUAUUGAACGAGCUCGAAAACUCCUUUUGAAAAUUGGGCAAAUGAAUGAGAUCAAGGACUACGUGAACAAGGUCGAAAAAAUUUUACGCGGAAGAAGCGGCAAGGAAACUGUUACUAGUAAAGCCAGUGUCGUCGAUUUGUUCCGUGAAUGGAGCCUUGGUAAGAUGGCCUGCUCAUUUUACGUGCAAUUCGCCGUAUCCAUCCUGUUGUACUAUUCGCUAAUUUUUUUGAUCGUCGACAUAGGAACAAAUCCUCAUCUGAACUUGUUCGUAUCGGGUCUCCUUGAACUACCGCUCAUUCCAGUCUGCUAUAUCACUCUGAAGAAGCUUAGACGAAGAGUUCUUUACUUGUUUCUCUAUCUUCCGUCGUUGCUAGCAUCGAUUGGACUCGCAUGUCUUCCGCCAGGCUACACAUGGAUUGAGAUGUUGCUUGCUAUGAUUAGUAAGUGGGCAUCGCAAGUUCUUUUCACGUUGCUUGUAGUGCACGUGGCCGAGUGUUUUCCGACACAAGUACGUGCUCUCGCCGUUGGCAGCUCCCUCACGAUGUCUCGAAUCGGAGCUAUCAUUGCACCUUUCAUAAAUCGGCUGGACUCACGGUGGCGUAAUGUUGUUUGCGCUGUACUUGUAAUCUCUGGCUAUCUUUGGUCGUUGGUACUACCGGAAACGUCACAGGAAAACUUACCAGACACUCUGGUAGAGGUUCGGCUAAAAUUGCAAGACAAUACAAAGACUUCGACCGUCUCACAACCUCGAGCUGCCAUGGCGUCGACCAACGAAAAUACGGGUAGCUUACAAACCAGAUAAGAUCAAGGCAUUUUGAUGGCCGCAUAAAUACAAACAUAUGCAUACAUUUGGUAGCAUAGAUCUAUACCGAUGAUUUCCUAUGUACAGGACAUCCUUAUGCAUUCAUCCAAGGAGAAAAAGUUGCUUUAGCAUAUGAGCUUAUAGGAGAAGAUGCUAGAUUAUGUUUCAGUGGUGGCAGACGAAUAAAGAUUAUUUAUCUCUAACAGAACGUACUGCUUAUGUUAUAUGCGACGUUCGUUGUCAUAACUGGAUUUUUAAAAGCGAAGUACUACAAAUUGUUGUAAAAAAGAAGCGUUGUUCCUCUUCAUUAAGUGAUUUACAAUGUAAUCAAGAGAUGGGCAAGAGGUUUAAAUCACAGAUUUAAUAGUAAAUCGAGAUACGUUAUUGUAAUAGAUAAAAGCCACAAUCAGCGUGCCUCGCGUUAUUUAUCUCCGGGACGAUCAGAAUAGAAAAUGUGGAAAACGGAUGCAAAUUGUUUAUCUCAGACAUAGAUACUAUCCGUUUCAGCUAGCGGUAGUUCUCAGCACUAGACAUCAAUAACUCAACUAGCGUAGACUUUUAAAAAUUUGAAUUAAAAAAUAAAUUAUAUAUACAUGCAGCUUUCUCGAAGGGUCGGCGGUGCCGUAACAUGCAGGAUCGCGACGUAACGUACUGCUUAAUAAUAACAGAAGCAGGAAUCAACGUAUUCGACCUUCGAGCAUCCCUUCGUAACGUUAUAACUAUAUAAUGCAAUGAGAUAUGUCUUGGAUCAGUUAUGCUGAUCUUCUUGUUGUCCGGGGUGUCAAGGCAUUAGCAAUGGCUCAUUGUUUACGACAAUUCAGAUCACUUUCAAGGUCGGAUUAUAGCAGCUGGUUAGUUCAGUCACUCGUUCAUCAAUAAAUCGACUGGUAGAUGAGUAGUUGAGACGUGCCUGGAGAACUAA